GCCCGUGUGUGACUGCAAACUGGCUGCUGGCUGCUGGCGGAGCGAGGCAGGGGACAGAAACCCACUGAGUUUCAUCUGAACGCACCGAGGCCUCAGCAUCUCCGCGCUGCCGCCACAGGGAGGCCCAGACGACCGGCUGAGCUGUGCGCUGCAGUUUAAGAACUUUAUCCCCUUUUAAUCCACUUUGCCUUCUGCCACAUGCAGACAUGGAGGAGCCGGAUAUACGACAACAGAAGCUGGACAACCAGCGAACCCUUCUGAUCAAAAAGCAGCAAAAGAAGAGGGCGGACUCUCAAAUGGUGACAGCCAACUGGGACACCCGCAAAAAGAACCUGAAGCUCAAAGCCUCCCAAUCUGAUGAAACCCCUCUGUUGAUCAGCCAAUCCCUGAGCAGCGCUUCACUUAGUGAUCAAGUGGAGCACGCCCAUGAUAACCCAAUGGAUGUGAUCACGUUGGGUGAAUGCAACUUGACAGCCAGUGAGACUUUAGAGGAAACUCUUUCAGAGAUGCCGGCUACUCCGCAAAAAAUGAACUUGGAAACCGACAAAGAGACUGAGGUGAGGUGUGAGGUGGACAGCGACGCCCAGGCGGAGGGAAAAAAGACAAAGAAGAAAGAUGUGAAAAAAGAAAAAGCAAAACGAACUACAGAGGUGGAACAAAACGACGAGAAGGAGAAAGAAAAGGACAAAGACCUGGAGAAAAAGGAGAGAAAAACAAAGACGAAGGACAAAGGGAAAGAAUCUGAAGACUCCCAGAAGACAAACAAGACGAGCAAAGAACCAAAAAAGACGCAUUUGCAGGAGGCCUCGGCUCAAGAGGCAGAGUCGAUGGUGGAGGAGGCGAAGAAGAAGAGAUGUGAUGAGAGUGACGAUGAUGAGGACGACAGGUCAAACAGGCCGGUCCCUGAGUCGUCCAAGAAGAAAAAACAACUGGACACAUCCAGGUGCCAAAUAAGUGACGAGAGCAGGGACGACGAAGUCCAGGAAAAGGAGAAAAAGGAGAAAAAGGAGAAAUCUGAGAAAAAGGAGAAAAAGGAGAAAAAGGAGAAAAAGGAGAAAAAGACAGAGGAAACGGAGAAAACUACGCCGAGUCUGGCGUCGCUGAACUCCAACUACAGGGCGAGCUCAUCUUCAGGCAGCGAAUCGAAUGAAAGAUCCACCUCCCCAAUGUCAGUGGAGGAUCUGGAGAAGUUUGCUUUGCGUCCUGCUCCCAGGGACGUGACCAUCCAGUGCAGGGUCACCAGGGACAGGCGAGGUAUGGAGAAGGGCAUUUACCCGACGUACUACCUCCACAUGGAGAAGGAGGAUGGAAAGAGGGUUUUUCUAAUGGCGGGUAGAAAACGGAAGAAGUGUAAAACAUCCAACUACCUAAUUUCCACGGAUCCGACAAAUCUGUCCAGAGACACAAACUGCUACAUAGGAAAACUAAGGUCCAAUGUCCUGGGUACAAAGUUCACAGUCUAUGACGGAGGAGAAAACCCAGAGAAGAAGCCCUUCAUUAAAGAGAGUGAAUCAGUGCGGCAAGAGCUGGCAGCAAUUUGCUAUGAGACGAAUGUGCUGGGUUUCAAGGGUCCAAGGAAAAUGACAGUGGUCAUCCCCGGCAUGCUGGGAAAUGACGAACGAGUGUCCGUCUGUCCAAAGAGUGAGCUCGAAACUCUUCUGGGCUGCCACGCGAACGGCAAGACGGACAAACUGGUCACACUGGUGAACAAAUCCCCGAGCUGGAAGGAGGAGACUCAGUCGUACGUGCUCAACUUCCAUGGGCGCGUCACUCAGGCCUCAGUGAAGAACUUCCAGAUCAUCCACCCUGACAACGACGACUACAUAGUGAUGCAGUUUGGCCGUGUGGCCGAGGACGUCUUCUCCAUGGACUACAGUUUCCCCUUGUGUGCCCUGCAGGCCUUUGCCAUCACCCUGUCGUCGUUCGAUGGCAAACUGGCCUGUGAGUGACCAGCGCUGGUGUGCGCCUCAAGUGCUCAACUAGAUUCUCCAUCUAAGUAGAGAUCUGCACUCAAACUUUACCCAUCGUUUUCCCACGGGAUCACUUUUCACGUGUCCACAAUAAAUAUAUAGACUUGGAUUUCUGCGGAGAACCGAAUUAUUUAACCACUCACUUUAUAUUGAAGUGGUGUAAGUUAGUACAGGUGAAUUUAAUGGUGUUUUUUUUAUAUCGGCGUAAAGGAGUUGUGCAAUAAAAUAUUGAGGACAACCGUGUCAACACCACCAGUGAAAUAUUAA